CUCCAAAUUGAGAAGAGGCAAGUUUUUUAGACAGCAGCAGGAGCUCCCCGUGUUCUGCAGUAUUUUUGUAAUUAACUUGCCAUUUAAUCGGCUCGUAGAUAAUUAAACUUAGUGAUACGAUUAGUUAAACAUCAAACGCGUGAAAUGUGAUCGGUUGUCGGAGCGUCAACUAACAACAAAAUUACCAAUUUCAGUAUUUUAGUUUGUGGUUUUCCUAAUUUUUUUUUCUCUCUCUUCGUAACCAUUUGAACAUUUUCUGCUUGGUUUUUCGAUUAUUUGGAUGUGACUUCAAAGUGAUUAACUUGAUUCGAAAAUCAUUGAUUGUGAACAACGUUUCAGUGCGGAAUACAGUACGGUUCCAGUGAUCGAUACAUUUUCCAAUUGGUGUGAAAAAAAUAGAAAAAAAAAUUACAAAGCAAAAAUCAACAAGAAAAAGCAGACAUCUUGGUAAUGUAUCGAAUAGAAAAAGCAAUGUGUGCAUUGCAAACAGUGCUUUCAAAACUGUUGUGUUUUGACUGAGAGAUAUGGUCAUCUCCAAACGUAUCGAUUUAUUUCUGUGGUGUUUGUGUUUUCCUUGACGAAUGACGAUAAUCGAAACACAUAAGCAACGACUCACUUCCAUACCCAUCGACUAAAGUUAACUGUACACAUUCGAAAUGGCAUUACCCCACCAAAUGGAAUUGAAACUGAAUUCUCCAGCCGGAGUUGACGUUGAGCCAAUGCGUUACAAAUGGCCACUACAGAGUGGUAGCGGUUCCGAUCUGCAUGACAGUGGCGUGGACAUAAUUGAUACCAUUCGAUGGGUAUGCGAGGAUGUUCCCGAAAUAAAAGCCGCCUUAGACAGUUUCCAAAUGAACGACGUUGACACAGAAUGUUACGAGGCUAUGUACAAACUGUGUGAUCUAUACAACAAGGCUAUCGACAGUGUUACGAAUUUGGAACGUGGAACGUCUCUAUCCGAACAUCGUUUGAAUAAAUUCGCAUCACGGGGCCUUUUGCGACACAUUCUGCAAUUAGUUUACAAUGCUGCCGUUGUGGAGCCCGAAAAAUUGAACCAAUACGAACCGUUUUCAGCCGAGGUGUACGGAGAAACAUCGUACGACUUGGUGUGCCAAAUGAUCGAUCAAAUAGAAAUUUCAUCGGACGAUGUGUUCAUCGAUCUGGGAUCGGGUGUUGGUCAAGUAGUUCUGCAGAUGGCUGCUACUAAACCGACGAAAGUAUGUUGGGGCAUCGAACGGGCUGACGUACCAUCACGAUAUGCAGUUGGAAUGGAUGACAAUUUCAAGACGUGGAUGCGAUGGUUCGGAAAGAAAUUCGGUGAAUAUCAACUGAUCAAAGGUGACUUCUUGGCCGAUGAGCAUCGCGAGAAAAUCAACACUGCCACAAUUGUGUUCGUAAAUAAUUUCGCUUUCGGGCCAACUGUCGAUCAUCAGCUGAAGGAACGAUUUGCUGAUUUGAGAGACGGCGCGAAAAUUGUUUCGUCCAAAAGUUUUUGUCCGUUAAACUUCCGCAUUACCGACCGAAAUCUGAGCGAUAUUGGAACCAUUAUGCAUGUGAGUGAACUGUCACCGCUGGAAGGAUCGGUGUCGUGGACGGGGAAACCGGUUUCCUAUUAUCUGCACAUUAUUGAUCGCACAAAGCUGGAACGAUAUUUUCAAAAACUUAAAAGUCAAAAGGGUAGCGAAACUGAUCUCACAACAAUCGUUACCAAUACUCGGUCGGGUCGUCGCAAUAUAACGAAAGAUGAGUCAAGUGAAUCGGACAUGGAGGGCAACGGUAAUUCAAAUUCGAAUGGACCUACAACGAGGAAAGCUUGGUCAGAUUGGUGCAGCUAUAAAGAUCAAAGUUUGUCCGACGAGGAAGAGAACAAUAAUACGAGUCAGUCGCUGCGAAACAAUCGUCGUGCUGGACAGAAACGAAAGAAACUGACGAGAAAAGCUGCAGCUCGUGCAAAUCAAGCGCAGUUAAUGCAGACAACGGCACAACGUAAGAAAGCAGCACCGGCUGCUGGUGGAGUAGCCAAAGCUGGAAACAAGAAAGGUGGAAGAAAGAAAAAUUUGAAAAUUGUUGGUCUGGACUUGCUGCACAGUCAUACGCUAAAUAGUACGAGCACAGAAGCCAUCGGAAGAAAAUUACCGCCAGCUCCGGGUUGCGUUGAUCAACAAUUGACUUCACUAACCGGCGGAAUGCAUCAUGUUGAAUUAGAUAUUCCCGCUGCACCUAGUGACACUCCAUACGCCCUGCAAAUACUGUUGGACAUGUAUCGAAGUCAAUUCAUGGAGGCUCUGGAACGAAUGAAAAGCCACUCGUACAAGGAAAAUGUUACCAAGGAAAUUGCGACAGAAGAAGAACGGCACAAGAGUUUAUUGAAUAGAGCUAGUCAGCUGGAGAAGCAAAUCAAAGUACUCAUUGACGACAGUGUGGCGUUACUGAAAGCCCGAAUGAACGAGCUUGGCAUUAGUAUGACGAGUCACAAUGAUCUUCUGGCCAAAGCCAAAGAAAUCGUCGGAAGGCACAAAGAAUUGCAAGUUCUUGCUGCCAAAUUGCAAGUGCAAGUCAAUCAACAAGAGCAGGAGCAACGAACACUGGUUCUGAAUCAGAUUUCGAUGCUGUCAAUGUUAAAGAAGGGUCAAGUGGACGAGAUGGAUUUAACGCCGCAAUCGUCACAAGAAUUGGUCCUGAAAGAGAUUGCCAAUACGUUGGCCCAUCGUAAGAAGUUGCAGGCACAAGUAUCGUCGCUGGAGAACGAUUUGAAUUUGAUGGACAAGUCGGCCGAAGAACGAAAACUGAAUGCAUCAACAACGAUCAGUAUUGUCAAUCCAGCACCACCUUCGCAAAACCAACAACAGCAUGCACAGUCACAACCGCAGCAACCACAGCAGCAGCAACAACAACACCUGCACCAAUCCAGCCAUUCAGUUUCAUCGUAUCCUGCAGGCUCCACUGCAACUUCCAAAUCAAAUUCUUCAGCAUCGACUAAGUCACAGCGUAAGAAUCGUGAACAUCGGUCACGUUCGCAGGAAUGGCCCGACGUUCCAGAUGUUGGUAAGAUCGAAGAAAACAAUCCGGAGAUUUUGGCUCAGAAGAUACUGGAGACAGGUCGUCAAAUUGAAGCCGGCAAACUUUUGGCGAACAGUGGAACCAAACACAAAGAUUCAACGGAAAGGAAGCAUAGUCUUUCUAGCGGUGAUGCUGUAUUAAUGCCUGCUCCAGCGAUUGUUAUGAAGACCCAUCAUCGAAUGUCAGCCCAAAAUGCACCAAUCAGUCAACCACCUGUUACAGUCACUGCCAAUAAGCAAUAUUUAAGUGCCCAUACACCUACUGCAGCUAAAUCUGCUCAGGAAUCGCCAAAAGUUGUGAACUUUGAGGAUCGAUUGAAGAGCAUAAUAACGUCUGCGUUGAACGAAGAUAGUGAACAACGCAAAGCACAAACUAAACCAACCAACACUGCCCAACAACAACAACAUCAUCCACAGCAGCAGCAACCACAACAACAAACACAAUCAGCCUACCAAAAACCUGCUUCUGCUCCUUCCAACUAUCAAAAUUAUACAAGUACGUCUCCCCAACCGCCCCAGAAUAAUAUGACAAUUGCCCAUAACACAUCGGCCACUAUUGCCGCACAUCAAUCGAACUUUUCCACACAACAGGCGCUAUACAAACAGCAAUCAACCAUGUCCGCAUACAACACUCAUAAAAUCUCUCCUGGCAGCAAUAAAUUCACCAAUCCGCAAUACACAAAGAGCCUCUCCAUUAGCGUCUCACCGAGUCUAUCAUCCGGUCCAUGUUCACAAAGCAAUCAGGUGCCACACAGUCCGUCUGGUGUUAUAUUCAAUCGAGAUCAGCAAGCGGAAAUGCUUCAGUACGGUCGAUCCAACGAAUUUUCCAAGACUGAAUUUAAGACACCCGAAGCGAUGCGGUAUGAACGUCACCAAAUGGAAGAACAAUUGCUGCGAAGUAGCAAUGAACGACAUUACUACGAGGGCACUUCCAGUCGCCAUCAUCAUCAUCAUUCGUCAAGCCGUCAUAGCUCAUCGUCGUCGUCGUCGUCGUCAACAGCAUCGUCAGGUGGAGCCCAGCCAGAUUAUACUCAAGUAUCCCCCGCAAAGAUGGCACUUCGUAGACAUUUAUCGCAGGAAAAGCUGGCCCAACAACUACCACCUGGCACAGUAAUGUCAACAUCCAAAACUAUUGGCGAUUUGGUAAAUGGCGAAAUCGAACGCACACUGGAAAUAUCCAAUCAGAGCAUCAUCAACGCAGCGAUAAACAUGAGUUCGGUCAUCGAUGUUCCGAAAGCAUCUGCUGCCGGAACUGUGAUAAAUGCUCAUGCUCAACGACCAGAACGGGUCAAUGUUCGCUUAGUCGAUGAAGCAGGCAACACUUCGUAUUCGGGACCAGCAAAGAACACACCAUACAGUCCAAUAUCACGACCGAACAGUCGCGAUUCGAAAUCUCCCGUUCAUUUGCACGGACAAAGCAAUUUAGCGACUCUGGCCCACGUUGCAUACAAUCACAAACAGUUGAGUCAACAAACGGUUCAACCAUCUUCCCGUUCAAUGCAACCACAAUUGGCCGCUCAUCAGCGACAAACAUCUCAUCAUCUCGUAUCGUCGCACACGACCGUGUACCAACAACCAUCGUCCAGUCAGCGAUCAUCGAAAAGUACUGCAAUGGCGUCCUCCACUGGAUCUCGCAGUGAGCAAACGGCACCGUACAUGCCACUACCGCGCGCUGAACUGAAACCUUACAUUGAAUCGUAUUUUGCCGAUCAGAAGUCAACGGCGGCCACAGCAAAAGUUCAGUCUAACGAUGACCAAAGGCCGCAGAGAAUUAAUGGUUCAGCUCCGCCACUUGAAGGUUUGGCUGCAUCGCUACAGGCUCGUGUGAUAGCCCAACUGAAAAUUGAACAGGAAAAUGAAGAGCGACAACGACGUCAUCCAGACAUCCCAACCAAUUCAAUUUCAACAAAUCGAAUGACAAUGAAUAUUCCACUUAAUUCAGUACAAAUCAAAACGGAAGCUGUCACACUGAAACGAACUUCACCCAUUAUCCAGCAUCAUCGACCGUCGAAAAUCGGUCAUUACGACGACACCGUUGCUGCAUCGGAUGCAGUGACAUCGGGCCAAUCGGUGGUGUCCGGCAUCGAACUGAUGAGCCCGGAAAUAAAUUCAAUGACGGCCGACGAACGGAGUUCACAUCAACGUCAUAGGAAUGAUGAUGACGAUAUCGGCGAUGACGAAUCUCAUUGGCAAGACCGUGUCUGUUCCGGCUUCGAUCGACUGGUUGCCUUCGCAUCCACCGAACUCACCAAAUCCCGUCGAUCGAUCGAAGAAGCAGCAGCCAGUCCCGAUUCGGGCAUCAAUCAAAGCGGCAGCGAUUGUCGUUUUCUGUCAUCAUCUUCAUCAUCAUCUCAACUGGAUGUUCCGUCGAAUUCGUUGCGAGGCACAAUGGUCCCACUGAUCAAAUCAUCGCCCGCCGAAGCUUUAGACAGUCCACCGCUAUCCGAAGCCGAAAUGCCGCGUACACCGAGUCCAUCGGCAAGUCCACCGAUGAUGUACGGUGGAAAAGCUGCGCUACCGCCACAGCAGCAUCAUUUAAGCGAAAAUCAUUUAAAAAUUCCAUUGAAAUAUCAACGUCAAUCGAAAUCGUCGUCGCAUCAGAAGCAUUACAAAAAGAAAUUUCGCGAACGCACAUGGGAAUAUGAUUGUGAUGAGAGUGUUGGCAGUGAUAUGGCCUAUGGUCAUGAAACCGAUCUUGCCACGCAUCAUAAAUCGAAAUUUCGGCCGAAAGGAAAAGAUUGGGAUUGGCGAUCGGAAAAUCAUCGUAAUCAUGACGCUGACCAAAUGUGCUAGAUUGGAACGUUUCGUUUUGUAUGAGCAGAAUUUUCUUCAUAAUCUUCUUGUUUAUUUGAACUUUUGAUUAUAUUUUUUAAGUUUUUUUCUUUUUCUUUUGUUUUCAAAUAUUUAUUGAAUGUUAGAGUUGUGUUAAACAAAUGUACACCAAUUUGAAAUUAGACUGAGGAUCGAAUCGUAAUGUAAACGCCGGUAGGAGCAUUAUUUUCAUUCUCGUUAAAAAUUAAGUCGAAACAACCGAAUCAAUUCCUAAAUUUGAAUUGAAUUGGUCUAGAUCGUCAGAUUUUUUUUAAAGGUGUAAAAGACUGAAUUUACGCUUGCGCAAUUUAAGUAAAUAAACAAAAACAAAAAAAUAUUACCGAGACGUUCGUAAUUAAAUUAAAAUCUAAAAAAAAAUAUUGUGACACACCGUACGUAAACGUAUAGGACCUGCAAAUAACUGCCAAAAUUUCAUUUUACGAAAAUUAAUUUUGAGAAAACAGACUUCGGAAAAUUUGAAUGGAUGGCCGGGCUUCGAAUGAAUGCAGGAUGAGACUCAUCUCUUCUAAUAUUACAAUGAUUGUUCACACAUAAGCAAAGCUAACUAUCAGAACAGGUUAACAGUAGCCUAAGAUAAGUUUGAUAUAAGCCGGAGAUCAGGUUGACAUUAUACUAUGACCAUAAGUUGAUAUUAGCCUGAGUUCAGGUGAACAUUAGCCUGAGAUUGGGGUUACAUUAGUGACUAAUGAUUAGCCUGAGACCAUAGCUUGACAUUAACCUGAGAUCAGGUCUAUAGGUUUUUUUUAUAUUUUCUAUAGGUUUUAGGUUUAGAUAAGGAAAGGUCAACCUGUUCGUUGCAAGCCUUACCCAAAUUUUUUACAUGAACCUAAGAAAAUUAAACCCGAAACAUCGUUACACUCUGUCAUUGACGAACAGCUGACAACACUGCUUUCAGAUACUGAAGAGACUGUAGAAAUGCAUACGAAAAAUGGUUGUUAUAGGGAAAAGCAAUAAAAGCAACUUCCAACAUCGCUACAGUUAAGCGGCAACACAACGUCGUAACGGCAAUAAUAUCAUUAGAAUAGUUCUCGAAUGUGUUAUUUCGCGGAGAGAGUUGUAUUGAAUCUCCACCUAUCACAUUAGUACCUUACUGUCUUGUUGAGACAUUUUUGGUUGUUAUUUGUGCGAAGGUUGUAAUUCGAGCACACAUCCCUCACUCCCACACAUACAAAGCUGAAAUCGUAAUCCAAAUUUAAUUUAUUUUUGUCAUCGAUGUUGAUAACAGAUGAUAAAUCAAUUCUGUUCCAUGAUUCAAGUGACCCACCUAUUUAUUACGACGCACCUACUACAGGACGACGAUUCAACUACUAUUUGUAUCGAUCAUUUUCCACUUCUUAUUGAAAGCAGCUAUCGACGAACUAAGUUAACUUCUCCAUUGACCGUCCGUUCAACAUAGCCUAUCCAUCCAUUCAAUUUGUAGGUAAAUCAAAUAUUUAGUUCAAUUUAUUUCGAUGUGUAACAUAUACCAAUACCUCCGGCCCUCGGCAAAUGAAUGUCAAUCAGACCCAAUUUUUCAACUCAAUAUAAGGCAAAAUUGUGAUAUUAUAUCGCGUACGUUCGAGUUUCGACAGAAUUCAUUUUUCAUUUGUCGAGUGGAAAUGGUGUUUUGAGUGAAUGAAUGUGAAUGAAUUUAAUAUUCUUAUCAACCGAAUAUAUACUUACUUGAAUGUGAAUAAAAUUAUGCUGACUGCUGCUUGUUCGAGUUCGAGAUAAGGUUUCUUUUUCGUUUAGAUUAUUUUACCAUAACCGUGCGUCGUAAUCGCUUUGUGGACGCUUUGUAAAGUGGACGGGAGAGAAAGAGAGAGAAAUGGAGUGGAGAAACCACACUAAUUUGUAAUUAAAUAAAUAAAAAUUGUUUUAUUGAAUGUGUUCAGACGAGGUACGAGUAAGAAAGUGUUAUAUUUAUUGAUCUUUUUAGUUACUUUAUUAUUUUUUUAUUUUUAAUAUUUUCUAUCUCAUUCGCGGAUAAAAUGGCGAGAUUAGUGAGAUUAGAAAUUUAAGAGAAAUUUUAUGUUGUGUAGCAUUAUAACCAGUAGUUUUUAACA